GAAAAUGCCUGUUUGGUGAGUCUCUUUUUUCUUCUACCUAUGACUCCUGGUGUGGGUGGUUGGUGGCGGGUGGCGAGGAUGGAGAAACUACAGCAGUGGUGGAGGAAGAGUUUGUCUUUCAAGAACGCCACCAUUGUUGUCUGUGUGUUCAAUCUGGUGAUUGCCCUUCUCUUGCUUCAUGGCUUCCUUUCUUCUUCAUCCACUCGCAAAGUCAACGACAGUCAACCCGAUUCAGUUCAAUGGAGGUAUAUAAAGGAAUCUGAAGAGAUACGCCAUGCCAUGGAGCCCUUGGAACUGAUAAAAAGGGUGAGAGAAAUUGAGGAAGAAGCACAUGUAGAGCCAGAGCCAGUCCAGCAGAAAGAUACAAAGCAGUCUGCUGCAGUUGACCUUAUAUCAAGGCUGAAUAAUGUUCGUUCCUAUUCAGAUGCUGGGAGCCAGAAAGCUUUAGAGGAAUGGCGUCAAAGGAAGAUGGAAAGAGCCAGAAAGCGGGAACUUGGGAAAAAUGGAACAGUCGCGUCAUAAACUUGAAUUAUACUGUGAAUAAUAUCAUAAGAGGGGGUAAUUAUACAGCAGAAACCUUGUAAUAUCAAGUUAUUGCUUUCAAGUACAAUUAUGUCACAGCAUUAUGCGUUGGUUGUAACAAAGCUUUUGAUUUUACAUUUCAGCCAAGCUUAUUGACAAAAUAUGCCACACCAUAAUCGAUCCUUCCCUUGGCAAGAAGUC